AUGACAUCUCGGCAUGUUUCCGCCAGAAACCACGGUAAGAAUAUAAAAGGGUAACUUGUUUUUCGCAUUAUCGCAGCUGCUUCUCUGUUUUGAGGCCACAGUGAAGAUUGCUGAUUUUAUUCCUAACCGUCUGUAGCCGCUGUUCGACCUCUCGAAGCCUGCAUACGAAUUUGCCUAACUCCACAUAUAAGUUUAAGUUUUUUCAAGUAAAUAUCACCUACAGCAGAGUUCAUAAAAGUCAAGGUACUUCUGCGUCGCAUGUAUUGAAAUGGAUAUCCAUGUAUUCUAUUUAUUAAUACCUUGAUUAAACAGAUUUCAGCUGGUACACACUAACUGAAAAGUUCGUGUUUGUUAAGUGAGUGAGGAAUAAUGGGCUUUAUUCUGAAGCCAGUAUUCUAUAACUUCAAGCAAAUCGCCUUGCGAUUUCCACGGCUAACAUGGGAAUUAACAGACUUCCUGAAGAUGAAGAUGCGAUCACUGGAACAAGAAAUUUUUUUACCUGACGUUUCGGAUUCUCACUCGAAUCCAUCAUCAGAGACAUUCGCAGAUAAAGGCGAUGGUGGCACCAGGAGUGCAGCAUUUAUAGCACGGGGCUGCCGUGGGAUCGUAUAUAUUCGAAUGAGAAUUCGAAACGUUAGGCAAAUAAAUUUCUUGUUCCAGUGAUCGCAUCUUCAUCUUCUGCACUGCUACCUGGAACUCGCCUGUUCGCUUCUAUCACCAGACUUCCUGAAAAAAAAGGUUGGCAUUAACGGUAUAAUUACUGUGGGAAUGGGACUAGUCUCAGUUACAUCAGAAAUCGUGAUAGAUAUGGUGCAACUUGUUGAUGCUUCGUUAGGAGAUAUGACGUAAACGCCGUCGCGUUGGGGUGGAAUGAAUUAGCAACAUCAUCAAACGCCGCACUAAUAAAUGUCGUGAAACGUCUUUUACGCGUCUUUCGUUAGCGUAACUGGAAAAUUAGGAGGAGAGAUGCAUAUGUGGGAGAAACUGAGCAUCCAAAAAUUGCGAAAUCAAGGACUGCAGUACGUAACGCUUACGAAUUUUAUCUUUAAAAAAGAUUAGAUAUGAGGGGAGAAUCUGCGAUUGAAGACGUUAACACAGAGAUACCAGAGAGAGAAAAGAAACCUUGUCGGGAGAAUGCCAAAGGACUCAGGGAUGGGCGAUGGUUGCAGUCAAAAGUCAAGUAGUAUGUGACUCAAAUCAUGAUAGAUGCCAUAAUUUGCGGAACACUGACAAUCACUCGAAAAUCGACCCAAAUGAAUGGACCACAAUUUCACAUUGAUAUUUGCCCUUUUUGGGGCGAACCUAAGACAUAAAGGAAAUAUUAAAAAUUGUAUUGCGUUGUUUAUAAAUACCGGUAAAAACGGAACCUCACAGUAGCGUCAAAAAGCGUUGUAAAUAAGUAAACUUGUGUUUCAGAUGUAUAGAAAGCCUGUCCAUACAAAAUGCCAAGGAAAUAAACAGAAAAAAUUAAAGAACGUCCAAAAAUCAUUUUUAGUGAACUGCUUAAUUAAAUGUACUUCAAGAAUCAAUGUGAUGCCAAGAAUGACGAUUAGCCAGCUGCCCAUACUUUAAGUAUGGAUUCCAAAACGGUUUUGUAGAAAUUGGCUGUAUUUUUCCAUUGUCAUAUUGUUCGGGCGGCGAUUGGCUGAGGCAAACAGGAAUGAUGUGAUUUCGCUGUUAGGAACGUCAAAGGAAUAAAAGUUUUCAUAAAGUCACAUUCUGACGCUCCGAUCAGGAACUGAUUAAUUUAAAUAGAGUUGACAAGUGCAGUCGAAAACAUGUCGUUUUGUGCAUAUUAUUACAACCUUUCUUCCGUGAAAAUUAUUUUCAUGUUUUUCUCUGGUGCUGGAGCACGUUAAGAUUACGAUCGUCCUUAUAAGAAUAUUGAAGCAACUACUUGCCAUGAAGGUUGAUUCUGUGGUAUGUGUUUAUCAAAACCCGUAAAAUAACAUAUUUUCUGAAUGCAUUUACCGAAGAAGUUGGUGCGUACGCAUUCAUUCUAAUUCCGAUAGCCGUUGGGGUAAUAUGCGUAUAGCACACAGAAGUGAGACCACAUCGCCGUGGAAAUCGGACGUCCACAAAGAGGGUCGGCAGUGAAUAUCCCCUGGACCAGUAAAAAAAUUUCUCCAAUAAGCUACCACUCUAAAAAGCGUCUUAAUAAUCUAGUUCGGUGAUGUAUGCAAUGCAGAGUAGAAGCAGAGUAAAAAUUGGAACGCUUGAUCGGUCUUUUUAUUUUCAUGAGAAAAACAGCCUAGCAGGCUGUUCUGUUCUCGCACAUAUAAUCGAUACGAACCACCACGCCGACGCUAAAGAAGCCUUUAAAGUUACAGUGAGUGACCGAUCUCAUGAAAUGUCGGCCAAAAUUCUGAAAUACGUUUUCGACUGGGAAGGAUUACUAAGGCGCGGUUGUAUUGCUGAUUACAUUGCGGUGUAACUCUAUAAUAUUUCGGACUCGGCAGUAUGUCAGCUUUUGAAUACACUGCCGUCUCAUCUCCUAUAUAAAAACCGAAAUUAGUAAAAAAUGACUACUUAAGUAGCAUGCAGUUUCCUCAUUGAUUUUCGAUGGCCUUUUAAACUGAAAUAUACUCUAUAGAAACCACGAAAAAAAUAUGCUUUCUUUUAGUCCUAUUUUAUGCUCAAAAAGGAAUAUAAUUAGGUUUUAAAACAGUUCUCUGAUUGCCGAAUAAUUUAGAGCCUGAUCAGCGGUUGCAUUAGCGCCUAACGAUUUAAGUCUGCAAGCUGCAUGCCUUCCGGGUAAGGAAAAUCAUACAUUCUUCCAUGCCUUUAAGAAAAUGCCAUAUUGAGUUUAUAAAAUCUUGCAAUGGAUGCGGACUACGUUGUAAAUUUCACGAGGAGCAGUGGUAAACGGACAGGUACCAAUAGACAGGUAUGACUAGACAUUUUACGGUCUAAAAAAUAGCAUAAGUAGAAACUUUUUGAAAACCUAAUUAUACUCUUUCUUUGAGUAUAAAAUAUGAAUUUGGCGUGAUUUUCUAUUAAACGAGUGGAAGAAAGAAUAUUUUUGCCCAUGUUUCUUAAAAAAUAUAUUUACAUUUAUAUGACUAUCGAAAAUCACUGUGAAAAAUGCAUGCUUCUUAAGUAGUCAUAUUUCUUCAAACACGGUUUCUACGGGAGAUUGAAAAAGGAUUAAUUUAAAAGCCGAUAUCCUGCCGAUUCCAAAAUAUUAUAGGAUUGUGCCGCAGGAUAAUCACUAUUACAACCACAGUCGAAGCAGUGGCCAUUCGACUAGCGAACCCAGCACUCUGUUGUCAAAAGACGUUGACACAAGCAGACGGUCUGCCCUGGCCGACUCUAGGCGGUGAUAGCACGCCGUCCCGACGCCCUGAGUGCUGUCACACGCCCUUACAGCGCUUACAAUCAUUCCCCUCUUCCACUCCAAAUCCACCGUCCUCACCACGCUGAUUUCGUCCUGCGGGCGGUGUGGGAACACGGAGUCUGAUUAAUCCUGCCCCUGAAACGCAUAUAUAUCCUGUCUACAACUAGAAUGAUCAUUACUCACGUAAAUGUACAGGCCUGAUGAUGGGUGACCGAAAACAUACGUUUGCCAACUGACCCUUCAAACAGCGGUUUCCCAGCUACUAACAAAAGAGCUUGCUUUCCUCUUUAUAUCGGGGGCGUUUUUGCAAUUUUUGUUUACUUUAAGGCCCCGAUCUUUGAGUGUAAAUACAGGACAGAGGGACCAUACAAUUACUAGGACAUUACUAAAACUCCUCAUUUUCUGUCCGUCUCGUUCAUGGAUUACGCGUUAGCAAAAACAAGAUCAUACACGAAAUAUCUUAAAAGUUAAGCAAAAGCGCUUUAUGAGGUACCUUUUCGCGGUUAGUUAUGGGUUAUUCUCAAAUGAUAGGAAGAUAUCAGAACGUUUACCCGAAGGAUCGCCUGUUGGCGUUAUUAUUGGGUCUUAGGGCACAAAGUCAGACAGAUUUGCCAAGCUGACUUUUCAAGGCCGAUAAGAAGUCUGGUUUUCUAAAAAUAUCCUGAUUGCUUACAUUCCGCCUCAUCUGAUUAACACGGAGAAAAAAAACAACUUUCAAGUGCAGCAAAUUCCAUCUGGCAACACUCUUGACUUCAGAUUACUCUUCUCUCGCUGAAAAACACGCGCAAAUGUUCAAACGUAGUAUAGGACGGCUACUAGAAUAGGAAAAUACCAGACUGCAAGGUGACGUAGAUUUCCUGCCAAAAUUCGUGAACAUCUUGCCUGAUAAAAUCAUCUGUCAGCGUAUUCUGCAUGAGAAAUUUUAUAUUGAUUGAAGAGCGAGACGAAUAAAUAACAUGUGCAACAUUUCAAAUGCCUAAAAUUGGUCGUUUCAUCAGGUUCCAUAAGUUGGGGCGCACAUUCUACCGAAUACACCUUACGCUAUAUUCCCAGAGGGCUGUGGAUUCUCGGGUUCCUCCUCUAUCUCCAACUUUAAACCUCCUAUCCUGAAGUCUAACCCAAAUAAUAGCCCUAGCCGCAAUCUUAUCCUAAGUCAGUCCUAACUUGGAAUUCGGCACAAAACCGCAUGUAAUACGAGGGGGUUACUUAUAACCGCGACCCUCCGAAGGCCGUUUCUCAACGAUCAAAGUGAGACAUGAUUAAGGCUAUCCUUAAGAGGCCGAAGAUCAGCAUCAUUUUUGGCAGGGCGAUCAGUGACUGCAUCAUAACCGACCGUCCACUACCACUGUUCGUGAAAAUUAACUGUUAUUUCAGCAGACAUUUCGCAUAAGUACUGUGCAGUACAUACGUUUGCGAAAUUGGGAAACUGAUGGAAGCAUCUCAUGUCGUCCCACACACCCCGCCAAAAUGGAUUGUAAGUCAAUUAAUACCCGUUUUGCAAGGGGGGACCCAGGUAAGUAGCGAUUUGAGGGAAUAUAUUAAAUGUAUUAAAGCGGUCAGGCGAUUUCCGCCAUUGCGUGCUGACUAGCGGUUCCGUCCAUGAAUUUGACUUUGAUCCUCGAGGACUGGUUCGGCUGCAUCACUUUUUAUUCACAGGUAUUGUCACCGACUAGUUUUCAGACACUGACGGGCUUUUGUGCCUAUGAAGAUGUGCUCAGUUAGGCAGAGAUGGGAGUUCCGAUGUGAUGAUUUGAGGAGAAAUGGCCGAUCGGCACAUGACUGAACUACUGGCAUUUGGGAGAGCAUUGUCAAAGCGUAAAAUUCACAAAAUUGAGCAAAAGUUUUAAAGUCUCGCCAAGUUAGUUGACUUUGAGCCAAUUUACUUUCCCCUUUCAUCCGCUGCCUCGGUCAUUUAGCCAAAUGUUUGACAGGUGUGAUGACUGUUCAUAAUGUUAGCCGUCGCCCCAAUGACAAAUAGUUAUUUCGCUGUGAUUUUUUUCGGUCUCCUGUUUCUUGUCGAGUGAGUUCGUUUUCGAGAGACGCUUGACUUGUUUUCUUACGUGCUAGAUGGCCAUCUCCUCCUGACACUUGUGUUGAUAAUAAUAGAGGACUUUGUAAGCCCAACGAACGUCAAAAGACCUGUUGAUAGACCCGGCAUCCGAAAACUGCACCACAUGCUGAAGUCUCUCUGUCCUUGAGGUGCAUCAGUCGCUCCCUGAAGGUCAAAAGUACGACGAGGAAAUUCCUCGCUUACGGGAUUCGUGAGAUCUAGAAUUUGCUGGCACACAAACUCUAUCUUUAUUUACGACUCUGCCAGAAUCCCCGGCAACGCUGAUGUGAAAAAGACCCCACAAUCUCCGUCGGCUGGAUUAUUAGACUACUAAAUAAUUGCCAACUGUUACUGAAAAUGACCGUUUUGGAUGGCAGAGAGGGCUCGGUUAUGAGGUCAGUAGCAUCAAACUCUGUCCCAUAUAAAUAAGGUGCUAGGGACUGCGGUCGGCCGCAGUACCAGUCCCGCCCGCCGUCUUUUUCAACACCACGCGGUGUCAACAAGACUGCUCACCAUCGCUGCGUGCGAACCCGAGGAUACUGUGCUUACGUCGCAACCCACAUCCAGACAACCACAGCCCUUCUUGCCUAAUGUACUGCUAUGCAAAGCUUGGAUACAAGGCAUUUGAACUUUCUACUGACACAAAGCGUAACCCUGUGGACGGGCGUAGCAUCUUUUGCACUCUUUCUUUCCCCUAUCCACCUGACAUUGCUCACAAAAACCGAAAACAGGCACGCACGACCCAACACAGUUAGAGUACUCCCACAAGGACCACCCAAACCAGUAACUCAAAGUUUUCCGUACGUAGUAGCCUCCGUCCAUUCCUGCCACCGAGGCUUGAGCAGUUGAUUGUGGCAUUUGAGACACCAAUUAUCACCAGCUUUUAUAAGGUCCCUGGCGUAGCAUUUUAAAACGCGCUACGAAUAUUUUGAGUUUUCACUCAGUUAAUUUUUAUUAAUUUUAAUGAUUGGCUACGAAAUAACCUGAGGGUAAUAUGUAAUUCACACGGGCCACAUCGUGCCGAGCAAUAUUCAAUGGCUUUAAAGAAAUCGAAGCUGCCAUAGGAACAAAUUUUGAUAGAACAGUAAAAUGCAGUAGGCAAACCUGCCGCAGUCAUUCACACCUCUGCCCAAACCUCGCGUUGAUCCGUUCGACAGCGAUGACUGCUGUCUCGGUGAUGACGCAGUCGUGACUUGUGCCUGAAUUUGUUUGUCACAGAACCAACUUGCGCAGCAUCUAGCUCACAUUCUAUUCUUACAGCGCCACUUUGCGUUAGGAAAGCGACGCCAGACCGACUACAGUUGAACGCAGACCCAUUGACUGAGGAGAUACAUUCACGCAUUCCAUCUUCGCCCUGCCGUGAUAGCCGCAUCCGAAGCAUUCUUUACUGCGUUCGCAUCCGACCCAAGUGAGAGGAGUCACAAUAUAUAUUUCGCCCGCUGCCCUGUUUAACUGCGGAGACCGCAGGCGUUGGAGCGGGAGUAAGGGACUUUGAGAAGUUGUCAAGUUCCACUCUCCCGGGACUUCCGCCUAAUUGUAGGUCUCUUCAAAGAAAAGGAUAUCUAUGGCCUCUUAAAUCAACUCUGCCUGCUCACAUCAAAGAGGACUUCAGAUUGGGCGCGAGGUGAAUAUACGGAAUGCUGUUCACUACGUGCAGUCUUUUGGGAUCAAGCCAAUCAUUCUAUUUGCCUAAAUCAGUUUGAUUUCAAAUGAACGCAGAAAAAACCUGUUAUCACUUCAAUCUGACUCGUCACUCAUUUCAGUAGACACAUGUAACUGACUGACAGAGCACCAUUUCCGCAUUCCUUGAAAAACUUCUGUCUUUCUGAGUCAAGAAGCCCUUGCGUACUGGCCGAACGCCACAAUCUUAAUUCGAUAGUGCCAUUUUAGCCGAAGAAUAAUUCUUCUCUCUUGUUUCCAGCAGCUUCAGUUGCCUCUUCCGAACAAACGACUUUCACACUCACCUUCCCUACUCUUUUUCAGCUCGCGAUGAAUGGAAACAACGGUACUAUCAGGCCAAGAAAAUUACGCCGCUAGUCGACUGGGAACUUCAAAAGACACAGGGCCAAUUGGACCUUUUGUUGAGACGUACUGCGGGUCUCAUUCAACAGCCAGGAACUCAAACAGUCAGACAGGUAAGAUACUCACUGCAACUGAAGUCUGUUUGUCUCACAGACGUCGAUGACCAAACCGAUAAAAAGGACUGUUUGCUUAAAGCGACAUUUAGGCCCGGCAGUACACGUCGCAAAGAAGUAGGACAUCCCCAACAAAUCUUUUUGCCCGCUAAUGGCUAUUUUUAUACUUUCUGUCCCUUUUCCCGGCUAUAAUUCCAAAUAACGAUUUUCUGGGUACAGUGAUGAGUUCCUCAUUAAGAGAGAGAGAGAGAAAAAAAAUGCUUUAUUUUGAAAGUGUCAUUCCAAAUGUUUGCCAAAAAGGCUUUAUUCACCAUGGCCAGAAAAUAAAUCCACGAAGCAGCAGCCAAAAUUUUUGCAUAAAAGUGAAAAUCUAUCAUGUGGACACCUCGAGUCGCAAUUUUUGUACUUCUCUCUCUUUAUACGUAAGGUACCCUGCUAGAAAUGGUAAUACGGGACGCUGAUAUGCCGAUUUACGGCAAAAGAUAUGUCGGAAGCCUCGGUUCACGUGGUGGAAAGACGUCGUAGCAAUUAAAAUAGCCUGAAGGGGAUGGACAACAUCAUCCAGAAUCCGAUCCGCGAACUGCCCGACCAUUAAGAAGUGUCGUUAUAUUGUCAUAUCAAUUAAAACGACAUACGAACCACCAGUAGUAGAAAAGAGCAUUCAGAGGACACGUUUCGAAGUCGGAAUAUAUUUUUUAAGCAAAGUAGGAAUAAUAAAAGGAGAACAAUAAGGAGUGAGGGGGAUUGAGGCGUGUGAUAGGAACGUAAAUGGUAAUUGUAACAAAGUAGAUUACGAAUUUUAUAGAAAUGGAUCUCGAUAUGAAGGGAGAAUGAAAGAUUUUAUGCCAGAGUAACAUCAAGGUGCCGGAAAGAGGAUGCCCGUUGGGAAGAAUGUCCAAAAAUUCAGGACUGGGAGAGGGUUGCUGUCGGACAAAACACUGGAGCGAUUUCCGAUUAUUCAGUAGGAGACCUUUUUUCAAUCACCAUGCUGGGAAAUUGGGUUUCCUUGCAUUGAGGCAUCAAAUGGGAGUGUUUUACGCCUCAACAGUUAUUACAUUUCUUCUGUAGAAACCAGGCCAGGGAAAGGUGAUGUUUUCGGUGCAUGUUCUGUUAUUCCUACUGGUAAAAUAAGUUAUGAAACUCCUUGAUUCGAAACAAUCAGCAGUGCAUGGUAAAACAGCGGUUAUGUCUGUGAAAAGGUUUGUCGCAACUUUAUGGAUUAUUGCAAACACCAGACAGCGUUAAUUUGAAUACGCGUUUGUAUUUUCCCACAGACUGAUGAGACUAGUAAGUCAAUUAAGCAGUUAUAACACAUCCAUCGCCAGUUUAAUUUCUCGUUCCGACGCUCAUCUCGUUAAACCAUUUGAUUACUGACUACUCAUCAUUUUACGAUUAGCGCGCAUAAAAGCGGUAAAGUUAUUCUCUGUAAAUCGCAUAUGGCUAGAUCGGGUAGAGAGUCCUUCCGUUCUGAGAUUGCAUCAAAAGGAUCAGCAUGACUGUUUCCUUUCUUUAAACACGCAUCUAUUGUGUUCGCUACCAACCGGCUGGUGAAUUGAAAUCACUGCGUGAAGGAAUGCUCCCAGUUGCGUUUCGUCUGUGUACUAUUAGCUCCAACUGACAUGAAGGCCAAAUUAAUCACAGGGGAGGCUGAUCCGUGGGCUGCAACAAUACGCCUGACAUUUGAAUACUCGCUGGCGUUAAUAAAUGCUGACCUGAGUGGAAUUCCGGUGAAAAUGACGGCGAGGAGGGGAAUUCGCUGCUGCUGCUGCUGCUGCUGCUGCUGCUGCUGUUUUUUUUAGUACAUGAUCUCUUACGAUCUUCCCCAUGCAAAAUGGGGCAGUAAAUUUGCAUGGAUUACCACCUAGUGAGUGAUCGGCAAACAGCGCAAGACAGCCGCGUCAAAUUGUAAACUUGUAAAAACGUUUUUGGAAUAAGUAGAAGGGUGAAUCGAUUUCACAAAAGGACAUGAAAAGCUUUGCCCAUAGUAGCGAGUUCUUCUGCGUAGGUAACGCAUCAAUGAUUCUUUAAAGUUUAUGCUGCCAGCUUUUGAGCUUUUAUUCGAGAGCCGUGCUAUCCACUCUAAUUUACCAAUCGGUUUUUACUGACUCUAGAAACUAGAUACAUGAGGUUGUUCGUCUCACCUACGGUGCUUAAUAGAACUUUUAUAAGGAAGUUAUGUCUUGAAUGUAAUCUCGGGGGUCGUUAAAGCGACCGAGAUUCACUAAUAUUGGACGACCGAGUUGUAAAAAUGACUCUACCUUCAUAGAAAGAAUAAAUUCUUAUGAUCUGGACAAUGAGUUUGAAAAUGAGGCCAUUCACAGUAGAAAUUUCGGCCAGCUAAACAAUAUUGGUGGACGGCGAAUUUGUCCUACACAGGGGGUAAUCACAAAAGACUUUUAUUGACGGAAGACGGAGCAAAUGAUGAUGCUGUAAAGAGGGAAAACUUUUUAUAAAAGCAGAUUUAGAAAAUAUGGCGAAGUGACCCUUUUUAGAUCUGCAAUACAAACAGUUAAUGUCGUUAACGACUUUGUUGUAAAAAGACCCCAAUUAUGCGGAAAGUGUUUCCUCGGAAAAUUUAACCACAGAUAUUACUGUGUUUUAUUUAAACGAUGUCAUAAAUCUUUACCUGGUAGUUAGGUCAUUAGCCGAAUUCGUUGCUUCAGACUACCCAGUUCACUUUGAUUCGUGCGUUUUGUUUUUCGGAAGAUCUGCCCUAGGUAGGAAACCCUAGGAUAAUCGAAAAUUGUAGUUGAUUUCCUAAAUUGAAUCUCCCAGUGUUUACAACAUUACCAGACCGUCUAGGCAGUUAUAGGGGUCAUCUGAACUAACAAACAGCCGAGGUAACUCUCCUUGAUGUCUUUUCUUCAGUCCUCUCCUGCACUGUUCAUGGAAGUGAGCUAGUGAAAACACUAUUUGCAAUUGUAGAAGGUAUCCGCAGCACAUGGCAUUCCCAAUUCGUCACCCAGCGUAGCCUAAUUUCUCUGGCCGAACAAGAACCGAUGAUUGUAAUGUAGUAUGGUCGCUCGCUUGGAUACACUACACUUUCUGGACAGUCCGACCGUCGCGAAUGCCGAUGUCCAUCAUUUCACCCACAUCGUGGUGGGUGCAAGGUAGGGACCUGCACGUAAAUUAAUUUGUAGCAGCAUCCGCCGUACUCUCUCCCUUCUCACCCCCCUGACCCAGGACAAAGUAAGGACGAUCGGAGACAGGAUCGGAUGCAAUGCGUUACGGUGCUGAACGCCUCGUUUAGGCGUGCUAAACACAACUUGGUCCGCGAACAGUGGAUGGGUUUUUCAAAAAAAAGAGGGCGAGGUUUGGCCCUGCAGCCCCUGCAGCUCAAUAAAAUAAUCUUAGUUGACAUACCAAUGGUAGGGGGGCGCUCACCGACCGUUCUUACGGAACUCACUCGUUCCGUUGUGCCUUACGGGCUCUCUCUCUCUGGAGCCCAACCAGCAGCCGCACAGCGGCGGAUGAUAUAGGCAGCAUGUUAUUACCGACAGUAGUUAGUGGCCCAGUGGUUAGAGGCGUGGACUUCUAACUAGCAGGUCGCGAGUGCGAGCCUCGGGUGUUCCACACUCCGGGGUUGGGUAUGACUGGCUGACGACGGGUGAUAAGCCAGAAAUGGCCAUUCCUGUCUCCCUUGUCUUUGUCGGCAAUAACACACUAACACACCAAUCUUAGUCACUCGUUGGAUUAGGAAGGGAAAGAGGGCGCAAGCAGGGCUCAAAGCACGCGCAGGGAAGCGAGUGCGCACCGAUACUUGGUUGGGUCGAAGGUGACAUGUGUACACUCUCUCCGGGACACAGCCUAUCGCUUGAUUAAGGGGGGUAGGGAGGCGCAAUCAUAACUCGAUGGCCACAGUGGGACCCGCCUGUUGAUUCGCAGCGUAUCGCUACUAUAUCGGGACCGACGGUCGUCGAAUUCGUCCGAACAAUCCCGUUAGCAAGCCUACUUAGCCUCUUGCUGGAUUAAGGCAGUAAAGAAAGCGCAAGCAGUGUUCGAAGCGCGAGCAGGGAAGCGCGAAUGAACUGAGAAAGACGUAUAUGGACCCCCUCACACAGUCACUCGCUGCAUUAAAAGAGUAGGAAAGACGCAAACACGUGACGUAUGUAAAAUUAGCGGAAUCGCAUCUACUAAAAUUGCUUAAAAAGCUAGUGGGACUGCAGAACCAGACCUCGCGGGAUUAAUAGAGGCCAUGUUAGGUAGGAGCCUCCGUCUGAGAGGAGGACUGAGUUAUCCUGUCCUCCAAAACCUCCAAGUUACGGCUUUGAAGACGUCGUGACAGUCUGAAAAUGCGUCAGUUUGUUUGUAGUGAGGAAUAAGUGCUGAUAUGUGGUUGGGGCGGCAUCCCUAGUUGAAUUCGUUCGUUCUCCUCUAUUGUACACCAGUUGACUGCCUGAGUCUGCCAGCUAGCUGGUGAUGAAUAGGAAUUAUUGGCUGGCGCAACCACGAUAGUCCGUCUACGUGAUUUGGCCAAUCACAGUCAGGUGGCCAAGUCAUCAACCGGGGCACAACAGGACACACCGGCCCAAAAUCACCAUGCGCAAUAAGGUCCUGAAACUCAAGCAUAAAUUAAAUCCUGAGAAGCAGUCUCGGCUACUGUAUUGCAUGCCGUGUCAAAACUGUCCUUUUAAAUGCAAAGAUCAGACUGGACGCAUGCUAGAUUUGCGCAUACACGAAAAUAAGCUGGCUGUGCGACGAGGCGACGAAAUAUCACAAGUGGCUGCCCAUACUUGCGAAGUGGGUCAUGAGUUUAAAUUUGCAGCCACUAAUCUAAUGGCCCAUGCUGGAAACAAAACAGUCCGGGAAGCCUGGGUCUCGGAUGCGGGCCCGGUUAAUCGAUUUAUCGAUCUGACACCGGCGUACAGAGCCCUGUGGAGUCACCACCAGUCUUGCGACAUCGAUCGAUGAUUGGCUAGCGCGCACUAUGAGUGUCGCUCAGUUUUUCAUUGCUGCCAUCUCUGACGAUGGACACCCGAACGACUCCGAAAAUUCAGAACAAUAAACAGACUCUUCCGGUGCUUGACCAGUCUUCUUCUGUACUUAUGUUUAAAACCUGCUUGAAAUAUGCAUGUUCUGUCGGGUCACGUUGGGCGAGUUUGUCUCUGGCCUGGGAUACGUGGACUUAGCGCGACGCGAUUUAGUGAAGUGGUCUAGUUCGCGGUGUUUUACCGCAGAUCCUAAUGACCGAAUUAGCCCAUGCGGUGGCUGUUUGUGGACAGAUUCCGCAGUUGAGACGGGUGCGGCUAGUCCGUGUUGAUUUUCAUGGCAAUGGUUCGCCACGGUCUUAGAAGGCAAUGGUAUAUUCCAUGUCUAGCUCCAUCACUCACCUCGAACUGGAGAACAGACAUUUUUGGUCGCGCAUCAACUUUCAUUUCGUCUACGGGAUCUCAACUUCUCUAUUGCGUCCACCGCAUUCAAAGUUGCAAUAUGUAAAGGUAGGGGGCUCGUGGCCCAGUGGUUAGAGGCGCGGACUUCUAACUAACAGGUUGCAAAUUCGAGCCUCGAGUGUUCCACACUCCUGGGUUGGGUAUGACUGACUGGCGACUGCUAAUAAGUCAGAAAUUGUCAUUCCAGUCUCUCUUGUCUUUGUCGGUAAUGCCAUUCUGUUGCAAAAUGUCCUAACGAAUAUAUUUCGCAAAUCGGCAAAAUCUGUGUACACCCACUGUUCAGUUUCAUCGGACAUUUCAUAUUUCACUUGUUUCAAACAAACUGUCCUACUGAUGCGUGUCUCCGAAGGCUACAAUCAUAGCCCGUAAUUUGUCAACUUAACAUAAUAAACGCAACGACCAAUUUGCACUUUUGCGUCUCGUUCGUACUUCCUUCCUAUGCCUGAAACUAUUUUUGGUCUUUGAGGACGCAUUGCCAUUGGGCAGUUAGGCUUGCCACGACCUUGAGUCGUCCGAAUUCAGAUAGGGCUGCUUGGAAAUUGUCAAGUUACACUACCUGCCUAAAUGCCUACUUUAUCUUGACUUAUUUCAACCCAGUUUGCGGAAAAAUGCAAUGAGAACUAUUGUAUGCCCUCUAAUCUGAAAAUAACCUGUUCAGUUGACUGCCUCUUUUUAAAGUCGUUUUGUAAUUAUAUGCCCUAUAUUAAAAGAGCAAAUAGGAACUUCAUGGGCAUUGUCCAUUACUCUUAAGUAUACUGAACUGACGGCCAAUUUUUGUCGAACUAACAAAUUUAACACUUUUAUUCUAAACGAAUUAACGUCCGAAGAAAGCGAGCAUUUAAGGCGUUUGGCAAUAACAGCAUGCAAGCAAAUGAUGCUGUUUGUAGGGCCAAGAAAUGUUCAUUCAGAUAGCUGUUUAUCAAGCAUACAGCAUAGUUUUAAAAUAUUAUUAUAUUUUGCGGUGUUUUUAUUGGGUAUCUUCUUAGUAGUAUAGGGGAACAAGUGACUUUCCUUACGUGGAAGGCUUACAGCUUGUAGCUUAUAAACUUCAAACGCAACCACUGCGGAAGAUCGGACGCAAAAUUAUUGAAGAACUGGAGCACUUUUUAAAACUUAAUAAUACCAUGCGUAUAAACACAACAUUUGAAGGCCUAAUUUGCUACCAGAUGAGCAUGGGCACGGAUAUUUUGUGCAUUUUUUCAUAAAAUAUAUUUGAUUUCAUAAGGGCCUUGUAAUUCAAUAAAACGCCAUACUAAUUAGGUAGUUAUUUGUUGCUAAGUUCGGCUUUUUCAUGCAGCCGAAAGAAGUACAUUCAAAAGCGGGAAUCUUGAAGUGAUCGAAAUAUUUUGAAAUUGUACUGAAUGAUAAUCAAUACUGCAACCCCACUUAGGUAAUCCUUCCCAGUCGUGAGCAGAUUUCAUAAUUUUAGUUAACAAUCUGUGGGAUCUCUCACUUUUACCCUGUUAUUUAAGGUAAUUUAUUUACUAAAAAUCCGCAAGAACUUCUGUUAGAAGGUUGCUGGGAUAUCUGAAUUUUUGACACAUGCUAUAUAACACACCUGACAAACGCGAGUUCAAUAUAUUCACUUGAUCAUGUUUCAGUUCAAUAUCAGGUCACUUGAAGACCUUCACUUUCGAAACCAUGACGCAUUAACUUGUCUUCAAAAAUAUCUACGUAUUGCCUCACGAGCCUUAUUCUGACAGAAAACUGCAUUCUUGCUAAUUAAAAUACUCUAAUUUGACCCAACUGCGAGACCUGCAGAUAACUCAGCGGAAUUCGAAUCUAUGAAAACAAGUGGACGGCUUGAUUACAGCCAAAGUCGAGGCCGAAGUCAUAGUCAGUAUAGGUGCGUUUCGGAGUACGCGUCAUUAGACCAUAAUUUCUUCACCCCUUGUUCGACCUAAUAUCCUUCUCCUCAAAACUUUGUUCACUGGCUGUUUUCCAAUUUCGCUGCUCUUCCGACACAUGUUGUUGCACUGGCUUGUUAGUGAAAAACCAAAAAAGCACGUCUGCCGACUGUGUCGUUUGUACUUGCCACUCCGUUGCAAAUCCCCCGCCCAGAUCGCGAAUCUCGCUGACGAACAAAAUCGUAAGGGCAUGAGUCUGAAAAAAUAAAUGAGAUCGUGAGCCUAAUUCUAUGCUCAUCGUUAGGACUCAUUCUAGCCAUAAAACUCAUAAUAAAUCCUGGCAAACAAGCGUAACGUUAACCCCAAUCCCGACCCUGACUUUAAAACUAAUUCUAAACAUAAACCAAGCCAAUUACACAUCUCUGGUCGGACGAGGGUUUCGGAACAUUUCUAAGCCCGUGACGAAAAGCGUAUUCCAUGUGAAUAAGAUGUAUCCUCAAUAUUCACCUUCGUCAUUCCUCGAAAGAUUAUCUUCCUUUAGAUGCACCGGCAUAACGUGAAUGCUCGUCAUUUAUUUUGGCGUCGAAUAUUUAAACGUCAAAACAUCUCCACGCACACAGAUUUUUGUGAACUUCAAAUGGGCAUUUAUAAUACUCAUUUAUUAAUAAAGCAGUUCCUUAGGGCAUGCCAGUCUUUCUUGGCGUGGUUAACCUCUUUGCGAGAGUUUAAACGUGCCUGCAAGGGGGAAUGAAAUGCCUUGUGAACGUUGUUGUAUUGACACGUUUUCACGGACUGCCAUUCCUUGAAAGAGCAAGGAGGCCUCGGAAUCCACGCAGAAGUGGUUCUAUGAAAGCAUUUCUUCCACCAGAAAUGUAACAAAGUCAAGACGCUUAAUAUAUUUUGAUUACAGUAGUAGUCAGCUGCAGCGUUUUUCACUGAAACUUUCAACAGCGGCAGCUAAUCUGUAAAUCGCCUUUCACAUUCGAAAAAAUAACAUCCGCUUCGGACUGUGACUUUCAUUUUUUAUGGUGAGAUAAAGUCAAACCCCUUGGGUGGGCCGUCCAAGGUGGAACUGUCAGUCCGAAGUCCAUUCUGUGGCAUUAGAUACUGCACGUCAUAGUUGCUUACUGUCUGCCCAGUCAAGUCAAAGUUCUCACCACGGUGAAUGUUAAUUUUGGUGACAAUUUUAAAAUUAUGCGACUCCUCACUUCUGCAAUAAAGUCCCGUAGCAUGAAAUUUAAGAUGCUAUCGAAGAGACAGAUUAAAUAUAUCCCGCUAGCGUAGCCCUCGUUUUGCACGCCGUAUCGAAUGCCUCCAAUGCCCCUAAAGAAAGUUCCGUCUUUUAAACAAUUUGCACGAAUCCGAGAUCAUCGCGUAAAUGGAAUGAGCGCCAAAAACGAGAGGUAAUAUUCCCCUUGGAGCAUUCACGCUGAGGAUUCCAUGUUUUGGUAGUUCAGAAUUUACAAGAAGUCUUAGCGUUAUUUUAAACUGAAAAUCUUUCAGACCUCCAAUACGUGCCUUUUUAUUUUGGUUCUUCUAAUGCCAGAAUUUGAGGCGUUCAUGGCUUCUGUCACAUCUGUGAGAUCAAAACAAGGCAGUGGUGAAGGGAAGGACGGGAUUUAAUGACCCCAUAGUCUCGUGAUCACAUAUUCAAAUACGUACGAUCACUGCGUGUUAAUGAGAUAAGAUAAACUGUUCAACUGGAGGGCAACCUUGAGGGAUGAAGCAUGAUAUGAAAUUUCAUGACGCCAUUGAAUUCUGCAUGCUUUGUCGCCUUUGCCUUGUUCGAAUUUACUCUGGGAAAGCAAUAUACCUUUGGUAGUCCUUUUCUGAUAACACAGCCUGCUAUGCACUUGCUCUGGGCUUACAUAUCGGAGUCUGUGACAUCUUACCUAAACGGUUUCCUCCGUUUGGAAGCCGAGGAAGUUUACCCUUAUGAUGACCUUCGACACUUUGUACAUAAUCUCCGAAAUGAACACGAGCCAUUGAAAGGGCAGCUGUCAAAGUGAGGCAGAACUCCGCUUCCAGUUCAUAGCCGUUGACAACUUUUAGCCCCAGAUCUCCUGUUGAAUAAUAUAAGUGUUUGGUUAAGUUUGCCUUGGGGCAAAUCUAGUGAUAAGUGGAAACGUGCUCUGUUCGCUCUAGGCAUAACUAGCAUCUAACGCCCGCAUUACAAGUACUGCAUUCCACGAGAAAAAGGGAUCUCGCGCAACUACAAGAAGCUUUCUGUGAGGCCGCGACGAACCGCUGCUCUACACGUAUACGAUAGAUGCUCUGCCUAAAAGAUGUCGCGGCUGCGUUCGGAUUCGCCAACUGAAGGAACUUAUUCCCGUUUCCCCCUAUCUUCCCUCUGGAGGUCAGUUUGCUGAAGGCUGAAUGAUGCUCCUGCCAGGAUUUCGAGACGAAACCUCUGCGCCGCAGACUGGCAGUUCUGUUGAUGGUUUUCAGGCAGUUGGCAGUAUUCUACUCUUUCCAAUAGGCCAGGAAUGUAAGGUGAACUAAUAAUGGCAAGGUUUGGUUCUGCAGCCCCACUUGAUUGAUACAGUAGCUGGGCUAUCUCAUGAAGUGUCAACUGAAAUUCCGGGCUUCGUUUUCGUCUCAAUAAGUUUACUUGAGUAAGGUUGUAAAACUAGUCAGCCUGCAACAUAACUCUAUGAUAUUUCAGUUGCCACAGGAUGCCGGCUUUCGAACGAACUUCCUUCCGGCUGCAUGCAAAAACCACACUCUGUAAAAAAAAUAACUACUGAUGUAACGUGAAUUUUUCUCGUUGAUUUUCGACGCCCCUAAAUGUCCAAUUAUAUUUCAUGGAAACAUGCAUAAAAAUAUUCAUUCUUUCGCUCAAUGGGUAGACAAAUACGUUUUCUUCCAAUCUUAUACUCGAAGGAAGGGUAUAAUUCGGUUAUCAAAAACUUUUCUAAUUCCCGAAUAAUUUUGAACCCGCUGUACCGUUACACUUGGAUUAAGGGUUUCAGAGCUACAAGCCGCAUAUUUUCCUCCUACAGAAAACCACACAUUUCUCUACGGUAAUAAAGGAGGGCAAUAAAGUGGUUCAUAAAAAUUUAGCAGUGGAUUUGAGCCAUAUUGUAGACUUCAUAAGCCAUAUUGGUAAAUGCAGAGACAUGACGAUUUAUGAACGGCCAUUUCAAGGUAUUAAAAAAUCUCACAAUUAAAAACUUUUUACAACCGAAUUAUGUUCCUCUUUCGAGUAUAAAAUUACAAGAAGAUAUAUUUGUCUACCCAAUGAGCGAAAUAAUGAAUAUUUUUGUGCAUGUUUCCAUGAAAUAUAAUUGGACUUUUGGGGGCAUUGAAAAUCAAUGAGAAAAAUUCAUGUUACAUCAGUAGUUAUUUUUUACGGAGUGUGGUUUUUUCAUGCAACCGAAAGGGAGUUCGUUCGAAAGCCGGCAGCCUGAGUUAACUGAAAUAUUAUAGAAUUGUGUUGCAGGCUGACUAGUUUUACAACACUACUUAAUUAAUCUUUUCGAAACAGAAACACAUUUCGGAAUUUCGGCUGACAUUUCAUUAGUUAGCCCACCUACUGUACCUUAUGGCUGGAAGGGAAAGAGACACAAACAGAGUUUGAAAUUCGCGCAGGGAAGCGCUUGAAGAUGGCGUGUACACAUUCUCCUGCGACACAACCGCUUUUUGGAUUAGUAGGAUAAAGAGGGCCCAAUAACAACUGGAAGCCCGUGCAGGGAACCGCGUGCUAAUUCGCUAUGCAUGGUCAUUAUAGUGGAAUUGACUGAGUUCUCGUCUUCUGAACAAUUCCAUUAGCGAGCCAACGUAGUCGCUAGAUGGAUUAAGAUAAUAAAUUGGACGCAAGCAGGGCUCGAAGCCCGCUCAGGGAGGCGCGUGUGAACUGAUAACUGAUGUAGCCGAGACUGACGCAUAAGCAAUCCUCCCCCCGUGGCACAGUAACUCGCUGGAUUAAAAUGAUAAGGAAGGUGCAAAUACGUGAUAUUUGUAAAGUCAGCUUAUUCGCAUCUGCCAAAACUUCCUCAGAAAUCUAACCAUAUGGUAUCAAUCAGUUGGGACUGCAGAAUCAAAUCUCGCCCUUAUUACUAUUACUCGAUAAUGAGGUGAAACAGAUGACAGCUCCUGUUAAUCACCUUUUACACUCGAUGCAGAAUCAUGAGGUUGCAGAAUGUCUUGAAUAGGAAGCACGACUGCAACGAAUAAAUCAGCGCGCCCUGAGUGACGUGUGCUAGCGAACACAUCAGGCCCAUUUGUUAACUCAACAGACCGACCAAUCAGGACGCGUCGGAGGGAUAACGCACUUCGACUUGAAUAAUUCGUUCCGGUUGAGGGAUUCGGAAAGCCCUGACAAAGUCAUUGUUCAAAAACAUUCGGUUUGUCUUAUACCAUUCGCAGCAACUGGCAUCGCACAACCGUAGAACACAAAAGACUCCCUUAAACUACCAUUCCCCAUGCCGCAAACAAACCAUCUCGAAAUGAUUCACCGCAAGGCCUGUAAUUUUAACUAACUUGGCAAAACAUACGAAUAUCACAUUUCGUCUCAACCCAUCAAAUCGCACCUUUUUCUGCCAGUUAUCCAUCGAUCAAGACCCAGUGACCGGGACAGAAUGAAGUAAGAACUCUAGCGCAAAUUCUGAUUCAAGAGUCGUGUGUCAACUUCAAAACAAUCCAGUCUAGCAUUUUAUUGUCGCUCAUCUUCUAACCGCGAAGAAUGUUGCGGGCUGCAGUACGCGAGCCUACAUUUUAACUUUUGAGAUUUCCUAAAAGAGAGAUUUUUAUUGUCCGCCUUGGGGAUAAAGUCUCGAAUGCCUCCUCUCCUUGAUUAUAAUAGCAAAACACACUAAAAUAGUCAUUUGCAAAUGGCGGAUACCGUGGUUUGUUGGAAGAAUAAAUCUCCGCUUGCGAACUUCCGACAUGAAGUAGAAAUCAGAAAAGAAGUCCUCUUGGUUUAUUACUAGAAAGGCUUUUUCAUCCUGGAUGGCUGGUGGAUAUAAUGGUCACUGGGGGAUUUACGACCAUGCUGCUGCAUCUCAUUACCCGAGGAAGGGAAUACCCUAACAAAGGUCGCUGGGGAGCGGUCAGUACAAGUGUAUAACACGUCACUGGUUGUUCUUGACCUACGAUCCGUUUGACUGACCUAAAUUCGAGCAUAAACCUGAUGAGGACCCUAAUUCAUGUCUCGAUUACUUUCAUCUGUGAUGUUUUGCCAUUGUGACCUGCAGAUCUUAUACGCCUGGUAGGCAUCGACAAAUAAUUCCUGCAUUAUUCCCAACCAAAGGCUCUUGGAAAGUACCCUCACCGAAGUGGCCACAAAAUCAUUAAAUACUCAUAUAUUCAGAUAAGUGAGUAGGUACCGACAAAGACAAGAGAGAUCGGAUUAGCCAUUUCCGGCUUAUUAGUCAUCAUCAGCCAGUCAUACCCAACCCCAAGUGUGGAUCACUUGAGAUUCGAAGCUGGGAUCUUUGGUCAUGGAGUCUGACACCUUAACAUUGAGCCACGGGUCCGUUGUCCUGUCGGUUGUGAACGGACUCCUACUAGUCGCUUUGCGACUGCCUGUGAGGGUUCUGGUAUGAGCCCCAAGGCACAACGGAACGAGCCCGUCCCGUAACCUGAUCGGUGAGCGUCUAUCUGUUAUGAUAUAUGUACAUGCCGUUUCGAGAGACCUGACAAGACGCUUCUUGAUUACCUAACUCGAAUUGAGUAUUAAGUUUAAAAUAAUAGAGAAUCUGUAUAUUUGGAGCCAUAUUACGUGGAUCCGCUACAUAAGGACCAGAGGUGAAAAAUAAAAUCCUUGAAAGUAGAUGCCAUACCUAGGAAUUAUACAGUUCCGACUUCAGUAUUUCCAACCAUCUCCUCGCAAAGACUGGUGUUCGCGAUCCCCUGGAUAUUUUACUGUCCACAUGCUCCAAGGUUAAUGUACAUAAGAAUAAGCACUUUAACUGACCGACCACCGCAGAAUCAAGCAGUCUUGGGAGUCCUCUCUCUGGAGGUGACUACUUAAAAGGUUAGGUCGGGUUAGAAAAUUUUAUGUCCCUAAACAUGUGCACGGACUCUUAUUCUUAGAAUUAAGGGGCAGGAACAAACACUAAACUAAGAAGGCGGCAGUUUCAAAGCAUAAGACUUUGGAUAUGCAUGUCUUUUUCAUAUUUAAAUAAGGCGCUGGUCAAGAUGUCGGAUUGACGGUGCGUAGUGUGAAUUUCUGAUCAUUUGUUUUCUAUUUAUUUGUCUCAUUCAAGCCAAUUCUUGUCGCCGUAAAUGUCUGAUGCACAUGGAAUAAUCACCGUUUUCAAGGGUUUGCACAUAUUAAGAACACUCGUUUAUUCAUGGCCCUACUUCUCACAUGCAUAAUUGGCAAGCCCGAAGCAUCCAUCAGGCUGUACUCCUAAAAUAAACUGAAGUCUAGCCACAGCGACGGUUUGCUGUAAUGACACAUUUACCGAGUGAUCGUGGUUUAAUCAGAUUAUAAAUCCACGAAUCGAGGAGUUCGUGAAACCGAGGCGGGGCCGGGUUCAGUAGACUUGACUUCCUAUACCCCUGAAUCGCAGUGACUGGAAUACGCAGGUGUGGCCUGCCCGCAAGGCGAGAAGCGUAUGUACUAAAACGACGAGAACGCUUUACUUCUAAUAGAGGUUUACCUUCAUAUGUGACGCUAUCUCGAUGCCUAGAUGUUCCUUGGUAAACAUCUAUGGUAUCAUUGGUGAUGUUUGUAUUGAACCUAGUUGUAUAUCUCAUGACACACAGCCAGCGACCGAUUUUAUGAGGUGUAAACGGGAAUUCUGAAAUGUGUUUUUGACUAAUGGGAAUUACUUCAGUAGAAUUACAAUAUUGACUGUUAUGAAGCCUAAUCCAAUGACAUUUCAAUCAUGCUCUGAUACCGGCCUUGAACGCACUGCUUAUUGGCCGCCUGCAAAAACCGCGCUAAUUAGAAUUGCCUACUUAAGUUGCAUUCACUUUCUAUUGAUUUUUGAUGCCUGUAUAGAUAGGAACAUGUUUCCAAAAACGUCGAUAGGAGUCGGUUACGCCGUCCUGGUCCCAUGUGUCAGCGCAACGUGGGCAUUGCAAGUAAAGCAGGCCGAACGACGAUGCAAAAAUAGUUAGUGGAAAACUAGCCAAAGCUAAAACUGAAAAGGGAAACCUGCUGUUUCGGUCUAGAAUUAGAAUUAAUAUUAGACUUUCGGUUAGUUUCAGGCUAAUAAUUGAUUUAAGAAUUAGGGUUUACGCUAAAGUCAAAGGUUCUGCUUAAAUUUAGGGUUUGGAUUUGGGUUUGGAUUUACGUUUAUUGUUGGGGUUAAUGUUAGGGUAGGGUUACGGUUAAGGUUAGACUUAGGUAGAGCGUCGGGUUUGUGGUUGCUUUAAGGUUAGGUUUAGUGUUAAGUUUAGGAUGAGCGUUCAGGACUAGGUUUACUUUUUAGGUUACGGUCAUAUUCACCGUUAGGCUUGGAGUAUUGCUGCCUCGUGUGUCCCGUCAGCCAGGUCUUUUGCGACGAUUCUAGGCUUUUUUUCAAUCUCGCGGCAGAUUUGUCAUUCAUCAGGUUGCUUUUUCCGUUUCAGUUUUGACUACUGUCCCCGUUAACGAUUUCAUCAUCCCAUUUCAGCUUACUUAAAUUUCAAUGCCUACUGUACGCUAACACCUGGAACUAGGACAGCGUAACCGACCCUUAUCACAAAACAUCAAUCAAAAAUCUUCUCUGUUUAUUCAUUUGGUAAACAUUUUGUACCUGAAGGAUGGGAAUAUUUCGAUUUUGGAAAGGUUUACGAUUAUGGACCUUUUAUAAGGCUGUGACAUGUUUAUUUGAAUGUCAACGCACUUGUCCAUCGAAUAAUGCUACAGAUAAUGUAUGACGUAUAGCCCACGGGCAUUAAUAAACUUUGAAGAAGAAGAAGAAGAAGAAGAAGAAGAAGAAGAAGAGCUCAUCGGAGCAGGUUUAUUUAGAUGCUGACGUUUCGAAGAGCUUGAUCGGCUCUCGAUUGUCAAGGCGUAAAAUGCACUUUAUCGACCAGAAAUCUUAAGUGGCGUGUCACGUUGGUCGGCCUCGUGCUGAUCGAUUUUUCUUUCCUCUUGCUGCCUUGGCCUCUAGGGGGAUGGUUGACGGGUGUUUUGUCUGCGUGCUUUGUAAGUCGCCACUCUGUCAGGGGGAGGUGAUCGAGCCAGUGUCGGGUAAUCGGUCUGGUGGUUUUCGUUCUUCUUCACAAAGUAAACUCGCCGUUGGAUUAUCUCCGUAUGGCCUUCUUAAGUUCGGUGUGGUUGUUUGGUCCUGAGCUCUUUGGUUGUGAUGACGUAGGACUUUGUAAACUGCACGAAGGUCCAGAUGCCUGUUGAUGGAGUGGGCUUCGGAGAACCACGCCCCGUGAGUUAGCUGUUCUGCUAUUGUGUUGCCCCGGCUUUAUGAUUCUACUAUAGGGUAUCUUUUUAAUGGCAUAGAGGGAUACACGGUUUGCCUCGCGUGGAAAGUAUUUUACUUUAGUGGCAGACUGAGCUCAACCUUAUACGCGAAUAAACGUUUUUAAAACCUAAAUAUAUCCCUUACAUCGACCAUAAAAUUUGAUAGAGACGGGAUGUGCUACUAGAGGAGCAUAAAAAAGAACAUUUUCGCACAAGUGUUUAAGAAAAAUGUAGCCAAAUUAAUAAGGACACUGUUAUUCAAUUAUAAAAAGUCUUACUACUGAAGUAAUCAUUUGUUGACAAUUAGGGUUUUUGCGGACGGCCGAAAAGAAGUAUUUUCAAAAGCCAGAAUCCUGGUGUGACUCAAGUAUUUUGAAAGUAUGUUGCAUAAUAAGCAAGUUAUUACAGGUCCCCUGAACAAACCUCCCUAAUCGAAAACUUAAUUCAGCAUUUCACUUAAUAAUUAAUGACACUGGUCAUUGACCGUCAUGAAAAAUAUCAAAUAAGAAGUCAUUGCGAUUUUUUACUGACUACCACUCUUACAUUCAAGUCACUGGGCUCUGACCGUAAAAGAGCACUCGAGGGGCUUAUGUUGAAUGGUUUUUUUCAACAACUGUUGGUCUCAAAAUGUUUUAAUGUGCUUCUGCUCUCCUGGGUUCUAAUCUCACCAACACAGGCAAGCUUUUCAAAAAUGCGUGCGCGCUUUUAGCACCUUUUGUUCUCGAUUCUCCCUCAUUUUAUAGUUUCUGUCGAAACGACUGCAAUCCGAAUUUGCCUAAUUUGCGAAGUAAAUUUUGGAUCGAUGUUUGUAGAGACUUUCCGCAAAGUAUGUGAAUCAAUUGGAAAGGGUGUACUGCGAUCAGAUACGAAACCAACACUAGGGCGAACAAGCAAAGAGUGCUGAGCAUUCUCGACUUAUGCAACAUGGAGUGGGCGAUUUAACCCAUAAAAAUUAACGUAAAUUCUAACGUCCACUUUUGGCUAAAAAGAAUUACGUGCGCGAUGUUGAAGUGCCGAUUAGCAUGCGGGAAGUAUCCCCGCUAAGAAUAGAAAACUGCGGUUAUACCCUUUUGUCCAUUUAUUUUUAAUGCCUUUAUAGAUUUAACACAAUGUAUGGGAAGUACGCAUAAAAGGGUUUUUUCUUUUACGUUUUUUGUGAAGAGGUACUUCUUUUUAGACUUUGUCUUUUAAGAAAUGACAUCUUGUUUAAAAAAAUUUUAAUGACCAAAUUACUUUAUCUCAACCGCCAUUUCACCGACGUUUGGGAUUUCGCAUUGCACAUUGUAAAGUUUCCAUUUAAAGAAUAUCGUGUGGUCGUGCCUGCUAUAGCGUAGAUGUCAUCUAGCGCACAUACAUUUGUGUGGUGAAUAUGAACCAUGUUCUUAGCACUAUGCCUUAACAAACAUGUAGGUAUUAUACUAUAUGAAUAAACUCUUCGACGUUUUCGAAGUUCUCGCAAACUCCUUUGUCAAACAGUGCAGCAUAAAAAGUAUUUUAAUGAGUCUGAACUGCAGGCUACCGGCGUUACGCCUAUCCAAAGGCCAACACAUUGUAACGGUGCCUAAAACGACAACGUAACACGUCCCCCUCCCUUGCCAAAGUUAACGCCAGACGAAAGUCCAGGCACAUACCUCACUGAUUUUCACCUACUUAAUCACUCAACAGUGACCGAUUCGCCCCACCAGAUCGUCGCCAAGCCUUCAUCACGUGCUUUGUGCUGUUUACCCCGACUUUUUAAUGUUAAGGCGAAUAGGCGUUGUGGUGGAUUUGAACAAGUCAACUGAACCUCCCCUUGUGAAAAAGACGGCGGCUUCAGUGAAUUUUUAGUCAAAUUGUUAGAAUUUACAAAACCUCCCGUUAGUUCUAUUUCCUAGGCGAUCAUUUGGCAGAUUAUAGGUUGAUUCAUUAGGGGCAUCUGCUUGGCCAGACCUUGCACUAGGUUGGGCUUCAAACCUGGCCGAAACGUUUACGGCACAAUGCUCCCCGUCGAAGUCUUGUUGCUUAGGUGGUUACAGCGCUGGCUGUGCACAACUGUUGUUCCUGCUCUCCUGAGCUCUAAUCGUACCGAGAUAGACAAGUUUUUACCAGUGCAUGUGCUCUUAUAUUACUUCUUCGUUCGUGAUUUUCCUUCAUGUUAAAAGUGUCUGUCGAAUCGAUUGCAAUUCAAGCAUGUCUGUUUAUGAAGCAAAAGUUGGAUUAAAGGUUGUAGAAACUUACCGUAAAGUAUAUGAACCAUUUGGAGAGGGUGUGCUAAGGGGAAGAAUACUGAAAAAGCUAUCUAAACAAUCAUCCUCAGUAGAUGAAUGUCCUGGAGAUGCAGCGGGCUCAGGCAGACACUCCGUUGUUUAUUAAAAGGUUUAGGAGACGGUGCUUUGAAGAAUCUGAGUAAAGUUAUAGCAUGGACGACCACACGAUACUCUUCAAAUGGAAGGUUUACAAUGUGCAAUGCGAAACCGCAAACGUCGGUGAAAUGGCGGUUGAGAUAAAGUAAUUUGGUCAUUAAAAUUUUUUUAAACAAGAUGUCAUUUUUCAAAAAACAAAGUCUAAAAAGAAGUACUUCUUCACAAAAAACGCAAAAGAAAAAACUCUUUUUUGCGUACUUCCCAUACAAUGUGAUUAAUCUAUAAAGGCAUUAAAAAUGAGCAAAAGUGUAUAACCGCAGUUGUUAUAUUAAGCGGGGAUACUUCCCUCAUCUUGAAGUGAAUGAAGGAUCUUAAAAUUAUGCUGCAUGCUAAUCGGUACUUCAACAUCACGCACGUAAUUCCUUUUAACCAAAAUUGGACGUUGGAAUUUACGUUUAUUUUUGUGAGUUAAGUCGCCCACUCCAUGUUGCAUAAGUCGAGAAUGCUCAACACUCUUUGUUUGUUCGCCCUAGUGUCGGUUUCGUAUCCGAUCGCUCAGGCGCAGUUAAGCGAGUUACAAAGCCCCUUGCAAGGAGGAUGUCCGAAACAGAGGCGUACUGGGAUUGAAUGUUUUCAGAAGGAGGACAGUGGUUCCCUAUUUCAAAGUUUUAUUUGAAAAAAGACAUCACAUUGGCCGUUUACAAAACAGGGUCUUGUGAGUCUUGCAGUAAAUAGUGUACUGCCAUCUUCAUAUUUUCUUACGAAAUACACUUCUUGUAAUGUUCAAUCGGGCGUUCCGCUAAGCAGGGAGUUCAGAAAAGGGAGACACCCGCCGAUCGCCUUCUCCAAAGUGAAGGUUGGCGCCGAGUGAGCCCGAUGCACUUUAUUUAGGAGGGUUUUCAAAUUGAGCAUUUAUCACUCAUAUCACUGCACGGGCCUAAGGAUGAAUAAUUGCAAGCGUACGUUUGCCGAAAAUGACUUCUUAAAUUCAUCUUCAUCUCAGAGUGAAUUUAUUCAAUCAGUUCAUGUUCUGGCUCUAGCCUGCAUUAUUGCAAGACUUUGUUACUAAUUCAACUCCAAAACGGGCUUUUACUCACCCUUCUUAAAAGUUGUAUUUGGAAAUAAUUUGAUGUCUUUAUUUCCAAAUACAACUUUUAAGAAGGGUGAGUAAAAGCCCGUUUUGGAGUUGAAUUAGUAACAAAGUCUUGCAAUAAUGCAGGCUAGAGCCAGAACAUGAACUGAUUGAAUAAAUUCACUCUGAGAUGAAGAGUGCGCUGGUUACUUAAAUUGCUUAAGUUAAUUUAAACAACCAGAACUUCCAGAAAUCUCUACUGCCACAAUAAAGUCUAACUGCACAUCAACUGACAUUUAAGGAAAAUUUAGACGUUCUUUUCGAACGAGUUGCUUUUGCUGCUACUCAUUCAUUUAAUAUGUCUUCUACAACCCUAAAAGGCAUAGUGGGCUUUUCAAACUCAUUUUCGUAACCAGCUAGUGGAUGACUUUUCUAAGCCUUAUCGGGUCCAUCGUGCGGGCUUUGAGUGGUCGUAAAACCAGUAGGAUUUCUACCGACAGAGUCACUUUUCGCUCUGCUUGCGUCACUGUUUACUCGAUCUUAAAUUAUGUCUACCCACUGUUUCUAGCUUCCCAGUGUUAUACCGCGCUGGCCAAUCAUCAUACAAUAAUCCUCAUCAUCUGCUCACGAUAGGAUGCUCCUACCCCCAUCGUUUUGAUAUUUGCUUCACCAUAUAAUUAGACUAAUUUAAGAAGUAAUUUUCGGCAAACGUACGCUUGCAAUUAUUCAUCCUUAGGCCCGUGCAGUGAUAUGAGUGAUAAAUGCUCAAUUUGAAAACCCUCGUAAAUAAAGUGCAUCGGGCUCUCUCGGCGCCAACCUUCACUUUGGAGAAGGCGAUCGGAAGAUGUCUCCUUUUUCUGGAUGCCCUGCUUAGCGGAACGCCUGACUGAACAUUACAAGAAGCGUAUUUCUUAAGAAAAUAUGAAGAUGGCAGUACACUAUUUUCUGCAGUCUUGUCCCGCUACGUCAGAAACGAAACAGCCCACUGUCACACCAACCGCAUCGGGAGAAUAUGUAGUCCAGAUACGCUGGGGCACGAAUUUGCCAUUAUAUAAAACGCUCUGCGAGAUGACGGCUUUCCUUGGAAGUUUCUAUGCAAAUAUAUGAAAAACUUCCACCUAAAUUGGAAAUGGCGACGGUUUGGCAGAAGGAGUUAUUUCCGACACUGACAUUUCGAGAGGAGCCGGCGAGUGGAGUUCUACAUUACCGCUUAGACGCUUCUAUCUUGCGCAAAUACCCAGCCGCAAAGACAAGACCAAUUACGCAAAUACUUCACUUCUUCGCCUUGAAGGUAUGGAUAGACUGCUGCUGUCAGACCUUUUCAGUGUGCAUCUACGCCUUCACUUGCUUCUGUGGGGCAGGUUAUAUUGGUCAACCAACUAGGCGCCUAUCAAAGCGAAUACGGGGGCGCCAUCCUACCUGACUAAAUCAAGGUGUAGAAAAGUCCAUAUGUUGGUUCACUUGCGUGACAGCGGCCACCGGAUGGACGUCAAUCCAGCCUUCCGGACCAUCUAUAAAGUUCCGGCAUGACACUCAAAGUUCCUGUGUCAGCGAAUACUUGUGACGGCAGAAACAGUGGAUAUACAGUUAGUCAACCCAACCUUGUGCUUGCAUAAACCAUAUGCUGUAACAGUCCCCUGGCUAGGAACGAACUUAGCAUACGUAGUCAUACAGCAACGAAACGGGAAUAUAUCUAAGUGCCAGACACUUUCCCCUCCCUAAGCCCCUGCCAAAAUUAGAUUAUAACCCCUUACUUCCGAACACCAUCAACCCUUUGCUCCAUAUUUAGUGUUUAUUGGUUGCUUAAACUUUUGCUACUCUACCCUCCGUUAUAUUUUUUCACAGGACCAUUGAUUAAUAAUCGUCAACGCCUGUUGCCCAACUUGGCUUCUUAAAUUUCCACAUGCAUUUCAUCGCCAAACUUAGACAAUCCAAGAAUAAGUUGUUCCAAAGUGCCCCCUAGGGUUCUCGCAAGCAUGUGCAGCCGAGAACAAGCAUUCUGGCAGACCGGUUUAUUUUAACUGCAUUUUCGUGAUUUUUUUGAAACAGGUCUUCGACACCAAGAGGCAUAUCACCAUAGAAGAGCGUCGGCUGGCGGAUGCACUUCUCCGGCUGUCUUGUGCAGUAAAGGUACCACCCAUCACCUCAUUCCCCUCCCCUCUUCUUUAUUUCUGUGUGAAAUUUUUGUGUAUGUUGUAUAGUGCUGGUGCUAUAAUUAGCUGUCACCACGAUCUGAUUAGAAAUCAGCUUCAGCUACAAGGAUGGUUGAAGCCUGGAGUGGACUAUACGACCGUUUUUUGCUCAGAUUGUGAAAAUCCUCCCCGGGAAACCGAAGGAUCCCUGCGUCAAUAGAAGCAAAGACACGAGUUUCUGGAAGCAGUCUUAAAAAAGGAGACACGAUCGCUACGGCAAGAGCUUUAUUAGCCUGACGUUUCGGAUUCCUGCUCGAAUCCAUCAUGAGAGACAAAAGCAGAUACGGGUGGAUCAUGCACAAGGGGCUGCAGUCUUUAUAGGCUGCAGUCGCCGUGCUACCGCAUACCUAUGAAUAUUCACGGGCGCCCUUUUAAUCAGUGAUGGCUGCACUUGGUGUACUAAUUGUUUGACAUUCGCGUCGUUAAUUGCUGCAAUUUCAUCAAGUGCGUUGGAUGUUGGUGCGAUGAUUGCUCGACCAUCUAAUCCACUGACCCUGGUGUUGGGAACAGAGUUUACCUGUGCGCUUCCCGCGUGGCUAAUUACUCCGCCUUGGUGAAGUCUCAGCACUGAUUAUGGAGUGGAAAGGUCAUUGCACUUUUAAUGGGCUGAGGGCCAGUAAACCAUGACUCAAGCAGCUCACGCGGUUGUCACCUCUUGCGAGAAUUUCGGCCUCGUAGAAUGAGUCGCAACUUGAGAGCUGGCGUCAUUUCUCCUCACCGCUGCAGAGUGUUCGGUCAUUCACGUUUUGAACUGUCUUCCGGUUCCUCCGACGUAUUUGGUUUGUCAGCAACUGCACCAGAUCCUAUAAACGAUUCCGACGUUUCUUGCCGUGGCAGUGGGUCUUUCGGUUUUAUUACCUGACGCCUGAUGGUUGCCUCCGGUCUGUGUGCAACUCCAACCCCAAGUGGUGCGAGAAGGCGGCCGACAGCUUCCGAAACGUUCUUGACAUACGGAAGCGUUCGCCAAAAUUUGGUGUCCAUGCGGUAAGGCCUUUCGUCCCCAUUUGCGUAUGCACCGGUUGACGAAGUUGCGCGGGUAGCCAUUGGUUUUGAAGACACGUCGGAGGUUUUUUAUUUGGGCAAUCUUGUCUUCCGGCUCACUGUAGUGCGUGCUAGUAAUCUUGGGAGAAGUGGCGAUGCGCAGUUGUGAUUGAUUUCCGUCUGAGCAACCGGGCCUUCCGGCAUUUUAACCGCAGGUGAGUUUGAUCACCAAAUAUAAGACUGACUUCUAGAGCGAAAAUAAGUAACUUCUCCAGCAACAUUUGCAGGUCUGAGAACAGCACGGCCAAGAAAGUGCGCAUAGGGUUAUUUUCGAAAGAUUUGUACAUGCCCUUCCAUUCAAAAGUAUCCCAAAUAUUUUAUCGGUAGAGUCAGCGUCUGAGUAUAAUUUUUCGGUUGUCCAGGGGAGGGAGGCACGUAAAACAUUUAACAGGUUUUUGGUGUAGGGAAGGAAAGAGAGUUGCUAGAAAACUUCCUUGUGUUUCAGCAUCACUUUGCAACAAUAGGCACUAGAAAGCGAGUCUUCGCUGGAGUAAUUUACAAGUUUGGGCAGUUGUAAAACAGCAAAUAACUUUAAUGAAUGCCACGACUCGAGAAACGAUGGAAACCAGAAUUGUUAGUUUCGGCGUAUUAGCCGUCACCAGCCAACCAGAUUAGAGGGGUCGAGUUCCGUCAUGCAGUCGGCCUAAACAGGCAAGGACCACGGCUAAAGGUCAGGGGUAGCUCUUUCUAAUUUCCAAGGGCAUACGAACUUCCUGUUAUCAGUGUACAAAAACGCAAUUUUGACAAGAAAUUAGACUGCAAUGGCUGCUCCUCCCCUUUUUGCUGCUUUCAGUAAUCCUAAAUCUCUAAUUUCAACCAGGCUUGAAUCCAGUGUCAUGCCGUUCAUUGCCAGCAACUUUACCUGACCGGUUGUCUUUCAGGGGCUACAGUGUUCAUUUGGUCUCCGGAAUUUUUCUGUCAAAAACCGACCCUGCUGAUGAUUCUGUGGGAUCCGUUAAGACAUGGAAAAAUAGAGAUUUGACGUCCAAUGUCGUUCUGUUGGUAAAGGAUAUAGUGCUCGUAAAGUCUACUAAAGGACCAGGACAAAAAAGAUCUUUCUAUGGAAAAUUUGAAUUAUGGAAGGUUAGCUGGGGAAACUUAGCUUUAGGUCCACAGUACAGUUGACUUUCAAGCUCGAGAGAUCCAUUCCAGGCGAAAUUUGAGGACCCAGGAGUUGGCAGUGUGGCAGACAGAUUCUGUUUGCUGCUGAGAGUUGUACGCAGCUUUUACAAGACGCCUGUAAAAGUCAAAUGUAAUAUUGAUGGCGACCUUUAGCCUUUUAGUUGAUUUGAUUACGAUGAGGUAGAAAGUUUCACAGAAGUAGAACUAAAAAAGCGCCUUAGAUAUUUCUGGCGACCGUAAAAUACCGGGGGUGACUGAGUAUCAUUUCAUGCACAUGAGGUUUUGCUCUCACGGUACUCAGAUUCUACAAGACAGUAGGGUGUCUAGACGCCUGUAAUAGUCAAAUAUAGUAUCAAUGGCGACAUUCGGCCUAGUACUUGAUUUUAUUACGAUGUGAGAAAGCGUUUUAACUAUUUUUGGCUACCGUGAAAUACCGGGAUUGACUGAGUAUCGUUUCAUGCAAAUGAGGUUUUGAAUUCACGGUAACCGCCUUAAAAGUACAAGUGACACUUAGAUGGCUUAAAAGGUAGGAGUGCUGGACUAACUAUUUUCACCUUUCCACAAAUCUGCUCGACAGUAGGAUGACAAACGGAAGUCUAAAAUAAAAUCAUGGUGUACAAUGGCGUGAGUAACGCCCUGUUUCGCAGCUGGAUCGUGACAUACCUGGUUUCGCAUGGGAAAUAGGCUACCAAAAGUGUUUACCAAGGACGGGUGGUCAGAUCUUGGUCCCAGCGUGGGUGAGCUGGAGUUCCUUAAGACUAUCUAUGGGCGAGGUCGGGUUCUGUAGCCCCACUUGAUUGAUACCACAUGGUUAGCUUCCUAAAACAAUCAUGGUAUAUGCAGGUACUCUGACUUUACAAAUAUCAGACGUCUGCACCUUCCUUACCGUCUUAAUGCAACGAGUGACUAUGUCACGGAGGGAGGAGUGCUUACAUGUCAGCCUCGGUUACUUCAGGCAUUAGUUCAUGAGCGCUUCCCUGCGCGUGCUUCUAGCCCUGCCUACGCCCUCUUUAUUCCACUAAUCCAGCGAGUGGCUAGGUAGGCUCGCUAAUGGCAUUGUUCGGACGGAUUAGAACUCCGUCGAUUCCACUACAAUGACCAUGCACUGCGAAUUGCCACGCGGUCCCUUCUAUGGCCUUCCAGUUUUGAUUGUAACCUCCUUAUCCUACUAGUCGGCGAGUGGCUGCGUCGGGUGGGGAAGGAGUAUGUAUGCGCCAUGUUCGCGCGUUUCCCUGCGCGUAUUUCGAGCUCUCUGUGUGCGCUCUCUUUCCCUUCCUAAUCCAGCUAGUGGCUAAGUUAGGUAUGUAAACUAAUAUUUUUUUAGUAAGCUAACCACAUGCUAUCAAUCAAGUGGGACCGCAGAACCAAACCUAGCCUAUCUAUGAAAUAAAUGUGCACAAGAUCGAUCAGACAAACCAAACUCCCGGACGAAUUCAGCUCAGCUGAUUUUCCUUACGUUUUCCGUGACGGAAAGCAUCAAACAUAAGAAGCAUUACAUACUCGAAUCACGACUGCAGGUUGCUCAGAUAGGGGUGCAUCACGGAGUUUUGGUGUACGUAAGAUAGGAAAUGUUACUAUCUCGCCUUUGCCCUUCGUAAGUGGGCUAGGCAACUCGAAUUGUUGAAGAAGGAAACACGGUGCCGGGACAAGAGCUUUAUUAACCUGACGUUUCGGAUUCCUACUCGAAUCCAUCAUCAGAGACAAAAAAGCAGAAACGGGUGGUUGCUGCACAAGGGGCUGCGGUAUUUAUAGGAUGCCGUAGCCAUGCUACCGCAUACCUAUGAACAUUCACGGCUCCCCCCUUCAAGACUUCUUCCUGGGACUCGUCUCUUCGCUUCUAUCGGCAACUCGAAUUAUCUCUCUGGAAUCGAACUACGUUUGGGCGUCUGUUCUACGACUCGGCGUAAAAAGCUACUUAGAUUAGACUUCGUAGUCGAUUAUAGUUGUUCUGUGAGAACUGCAGGAUAGUCACUAUAGUUUGAGAAGAUGUAUUACGGAUGUCUGCAAUGCACCAUUAAACGCUUUGAAACGUUGCUUGGCACAAAAGAUCUACACUCCAAGCGUCCUUUUGCCAUUCUACGUUGGUUAAUCUUUAUUCCGGAGGGUACAUUAUAAAUUUGAGUCGUUAACCGGAGGUAAGAGCUGGAGCGUCAAAAGUAUACUGGUCUACGAGCAAACGAAGUGCUGAAAACGAGAAAGCCUCUCGUUCUACUCUUCCAGAGGACACUGAUUUACUGAUCCAUUUUCGACCAAUGAGGUAGAGCAUUUAUUGUGGCAGCUUGUCUCCAUGACACCGCCAGCGUCCCUGCUCGCGGCAAAGUUACCUUGAUUUUUAUUCACAGAGUGAGCGAGGCGGCCAUCUCGCGCGUAUGAAAAUACAUCAACAGAAAGCGACACAAAAUGGACUCCAGUGGUCGAGCGAUUCCAGAUGCCGACCCCUUGGUGAUAGGGUCGGGAGUUCGGAACCCACUGCAGGCUAAGUCUUUUUAGUGAUUAAUAAUGUCCCUGGCAUAGCUGUACAUAAUAGGAAAAUGUAUGUCUAUGGGCACGAGUAGUUGACCGCGGAGAAGACUAGCCUUAUACCUAUACUCCAACUUUCGUCAGAUGUGGUUAUGUAGCCCCACCCCGAAGUAAACAGACCCCAGCCAGCUGUUAUAGGGGACCGGUGGUAAUAGGAAUUUUUACUGGUGGGGCCUGGGAACGCAUAGGCCGUGAAUAAAAGAGUAGUUGAUUUUGGCGCUUUUAAGCCAGAUCGAUACAUCGAUUGACCGAGUUCUCAUCCGAGACUUAGGCUUCAAUGGAUUUGUGGCUUUUCUUGCCUCUAGCGUGGACGAUUAUCUUUGUGGCCGCGAAAUUAAGCUCGUGACCCGUUGCUUAGGCGUGGGCAGCCACCGGUGAUAAUCACUGCCCCGUAGCACAGUCAGUUUAUGUUCGUGUGUGCGCGAUUAGAGCAUGCGUUCAGUCUCCCCUACGUGUUUAUAAGGUCAGUUUAAGCACGGGAUGCAAUAAACCACACCUGAAUGCUCACUGGGAUUUAGUCGGUCGGUGCUUUUGGGCCGGUGUGUGAUUCCGACACCUGGCAGCUCGACCACUGAUUCCGACGAUGUCCACCGCAACGAGCAGCAGGCAUAGGGACUUGUGUGUGACUUAGUUUAUAGUGAUAGUAGACUUGCGUAGCAUUUACCGCACUCUCACUUCCCCACUCCCCACCUGGACUCGGUGUCAAGGCAGAGUUAAGAAGACCGGAGGUGGGGGAGGUCGCAGGUGUAACCCCCUGAUGCAACCGGUCGCUUCUGAGACGUUCCUAGUGUAUGGCAAAACACGCAACAACAUAUGUGCGGUUUCUGGAUGGGUCCUCCGGCGGCGGUCCUCCGGCCUUUGAACGCUUUCGGAUGGCCUUUUCGCACAAAUUAGGUGCGGAGAUAUCGGGUUUUACGUGCUUUUUCUUCCAUGUUGCUGCAAAGAUUCGGAAGCCAACUGAAGAGUGUUUUGACACAGCUUUGUCUGCGAGCCACCGAUUGGUGGCCAUGAAAGCUGAGGAGCCGCGUGGUAUUCGUCGCCUUCCUGUAGACCACCGUUUCUGUUUCGCCCUUGAAGAUCCGCCUAACCAUGAUCGAGCCGCAGGUGUUGCACACAUCGGGUCCGGCUGACGACGCCUAAUUAGUCAGACAUGGACAUCCCAGUAUCCCUUAUCCUUGUCGGUAAUGUCAUUACGACUUCUUGGCUUUGAACCUUUUGAGAGAUAAACCACACUGAUUCUCGCAUUUUAAACAGUCGUCUGAAUGCACACGUAGUCAAAUAUCAGCAUAGUUUUCGUCCUUGCUAACCACCUAUUUCCCACAGUUAACCGUGGCUGAUAUUCUUAUUGUUCGAAUUAGAUAUUGUAAGAAUUGCACUUUCCUUCUAAGACUACCAUUGUGCGCUUUAAGUUGGAACAGUAGUCUCAACGCUGUGACGUCAAGGUUGGGGCACUAAAAAGCGAUUUAGUAGCAGUUCACACAUCUCACCCAUCUCGAUCCAGACCGGCAAGUUUUCGGUUGUCGUCAUGAGACCGACAAGGUCGUAUCCACAUAUUUCGUGUUUUAUGCCUGAAAUAUUUUCAGAGAUUGCUUCACUUGCUUUCACAGAAACUUUUGGGUCGACAAUCCCCAAGCAUCCUUUUAGAUGUCAGCAGAUGCGUUCACCAGAAUCUGUCUAGAGAAGGCUGAAAAUAAGAAAAUAAGUCCCCUAGACCACGUGGGACCUGCACGCACGUGAUCGCGAACUCCCGGUUGCCCUGCCAUCCAAAAAGCUGCUCAGGAUAGCGUGACACAGAAGUGGCAAUUAUCGGAGGCGUUCAAAGCAAGCCCUGCGGCAACUAAUAAUGACGCUGAUGUUGAGACUUGUGACUUGGGAAAGCAGACUUCACACCGCGCCACUUUCGUACGCCGCAUCACAUGGUCGCGACGGCGCGACAGAAUAUUUUUGAGCAAUCGGUGCUAGAGGUAUGAAUACACGGGGUGGUGUGGACACGCGGCUACCUAAAGGUCCGGUGAUGAUGAUAGUUCGAUCGUCGCAUCCGGCGACAUCCAUCGUGUGCUCCACAGCAAGGCGAAACAGGCACAGUGACUUGCCCCUGAAUUAUAGUUAGAGUAGACUCGCGCGGCAUCUACCGUACUCUCUCCUGGACGCCGUGUUAAGACAGAGUAAAAAAGGCCGAAAGCGGGGAGGCGGGAUGGUUAGCGUGGCAGAAACCCGUAUCUUGAUGCCCCACCCCACGCCCCCUCCAUAGAAAACACGACCAGAAUUUUAAUCAGCAUCAACAAAACAGUAUGCGCGUGGAUGACUGGACAGUCAUGCACUAAACCUGUACAGCCAGUGAUAGCACAAACGCAUCUACCGCCGGAAAACCAGGUGCCGGAGAACUGUCAGCGAAGACCGAGCUGCGAGGGCCAUGGUUUGCUUCCUUGACGUUCAGGAUAGUUUUCUCUCUUGUCAGACAUAUUGUGGGACUAGAACUUGGUGGCCAUGUGCGCUGUCGGCCAUUUUUUGCUUUACUGCCCACCCUUACUGCGCAGGUCGAUAAUUAGCCCAAAAUAUGAUUAGGACAUCGGUGCGGGCAACGAUUGCGUCCGGCGUGAUCGUGUACGAAAAGGACGACUGUCGCGCAGAUAGGGUGUCUACCGAUACUCCACCCACGUAGAGCACACAACAACUGCCAUAGUUUUAAUCUAAUAAACUAUUAUUUCCAGAUUUUCUCUUCCGCCCAAACAUAUUCUUGGCAUUAAAGUCUUACCCCGCUUGUGUUAUGCCGUCCUGCGUGCCGCUGCUUGAUUCUCGUGUUCUCAUGUCCAUUCUGUCGAUUCGAGUACUAUCGCACAUACUGCGGAAUGACCUUAAGACCCACUGCCUUCUUCCCAUUGAUUGUUCACCUUCAAUUGCUAUUCUUUCCAAUCUGGGGUAAGGCUGCAUUUAUUCCGCAUACCGUUCUAAUUAACCAUGAUCAUUUCCAUACCCAUCUUGCUCUUUUCACCUUAUUUAAAUUAGGCUUUCACUUUAGCAGAAGCGUCAUUUCCAGGCGUACACUACCAGCGCCAAUUACGCCUCCACUCAUUUGCCCCACCCGUAUAGCCCCUAUUACCACCGGUCCCAUAAGACAGGUAGCUGGGAGAUUCCGGCACCGUGAGGGCUACCAACUACCAUCUAACCGGCAUCGUCGUUUGCGACGGCUGAACAGCCAAUGAAAAUGCAGCAUAUUCCUUUGUUUAAGUAACUUAAUGUUUUUUUCUAGUAUUAGGUUUACAAUCGCCCCAUGGUUCUGGCCAGCGGUAGAUUUAUAAGCAUGGGCCAGUGUGCAAAUGGAAACAAAACUACUUAUGUCAAAAUAGCAAGGCAAUAAGAUUUUUGUCUGAAAAGCGUAUCUGCGCUAUGAUGUUUGUGUUCCGCAGUCACUGUAUGCCAUGGAUCAAAACACUCAGCUCCCCAAAUAGAGACAUUCGUGUUUGGAAGUCUGGAUACUAUUCUUCACUUUUGACAAUUGGCGGCUAAUUGUAUGACUUAAGUGAUCAGUUAUCAGCGACUCUUUUUCUUCGCAUCGAGUUUUGAUAUCCCAAGAGCAUCUCCUAUGAAAGUAGUCUUCUCUCCUCAAAACCUGGUGAGAUUUAAGUUCUCUGAAUUAGUGAGUUUCGUGCGACCAAAGAUCACAUUGAAAAACGUUUUAAAAAAACAAACUUCUUCCCUGCUGCGGACACAGGCCUGAUCAAGGUCCAUAACGUAGACCUAACAGUCGCAUAUGCGAGGUAUAAUUACUUCGUUGUGCAGCAUGUUAGGGGAGUACGAAUCUAGGGGCGGUUAUCAGAGAAAAAAAUGCCUGGAGCGUGUCUUACGGGAACGGUGGUAAUAGGCGUUAUACGAGUGGGCGCUCACAGAGAGGAGUUGGGAAACCAUGAAGCUUUGUAUAGAUAAUUUAGGAAGCGGAAGUUAACCGCAUAUGUCGAAAAAAAAAUUAAAAAAACUAUCCCGACGACGCCACUGGUUUGCCUCAAUCAGCAGGUUGGAAAGUUGAAUCUCAGUUGCGUUCAGCAGUCCGACCUCAUUGUGGAACAGGCAGCUGACGUUGACUGCAGUCCUGGAAGCCAAAGCUAAGGUCGUGCACCAUUACCAACUCGGCCUGUUAUGAAAGAAUGGUCUCCCGAAAAAAAGUCUGCUACAAUUAUAAAACUGGUGCAAGCCUUAAACUACUUCAGGGCUUAAUAAUUUUUUGGUAGAUUUUGAAACAUUUCACCCUACCCAUCUGCGAAAAAUUCAGAAACCUCGAUGGGAUUCGAACCCACUAGAGCAAUGGAAAGGUUUGAGAACAACCGACGCUCUAGCCGCCUGAGCUACAAGGCCCAACCAGAAGUUGUGAAUUUAAUCACAUUUGGGUAAAAUCACCCGCCCAGUCUAAUGUAACUUAAGGAAUCUACCAAAGCUGAUACAGUGAGCUGACUGCGCAAUCAGGAUUCACUGCAUAAUCAAUCUAUAAUCUACCUGAGGACUACCAAGCUCACGUAAUUAAUACUUGUAUUGGCAGAUUCACGAUGGAUUGCUUAGGAAAUCCUUUUUUGGCAAGCUGUUUACUGUAUCAAAUUUGGUGGGCACUUUACGUUACAUUAGGCUGGGCGGGUAACUUGACGCAAAUGUGGUUAAACUUUAAGCUCCCAGUGGGGCUUCGCAGCUCAGGUGGUUAGAGCUUUGGUUGUAAUCAAGCCUCCCCUUUGCUGUCGUGGGUUCCAACCCCACCAAGGUCACCGAGUCCUUCGCAGUUGGAUCAAAAUCAAUCCUUCACGGCUGUUGGACUGAAUAUGGUCGUAAAUUAAGUCAGUCUGUUCUGAUUAGCGAAGCGUUGCCGGCGAUAGUGAGACACUCAGGAGUCGAUUUUGUCCACUUCUGCAAUUAAUCCAGCUCUUAAGAAGAAUUCUGUCUGUAUAUAGACAUGUCCUGGACUGAAUAAUUUCUGAAAUUAUUCGCUUGAUUAUUCUCUGGAGUUCAUGUACUGGAAACCGCAUGGAGAACGCUGGGGGACCUACUGAGGCUCCUAACCGUUCACGGCUGUGUCUUGCAGCGGCAGAAUAUCGGCGAAAAACGUGUCUGGGUUUCUAGCUAGUACCAAUAUCGGGAGUACGUUAUAAUACCUUCACUGUAUAUAUAUAUAUAUACACUCAGGAAUGGGCGCACACCGAUCUAUCGGCUUCCCGAAGCAAACAAGCUUCGUAUGGUCGAUAGGGGUCACGAACGGGCAACCACUUACCAGGCCGAAGUCGGCCAAGCUAUGAUAGUAGAGGAGGGACGACAGAGUCUGGGUGGGGGGUAGAUUGAUACAGCACUGUUUCGGGCUUGUUUGCCUUCAUUCAGCCAAUCAUAACCUUGACCACCAGCUGAGAGCGAAAACAAAACAUGCUCACAGAAACACCUGGCGCAGCUGGUCCACCACUGGCGUCUAUCAGAUGGGUCGUAAGUACUUCAUCGAACCGAAGUUCAUCAGUGCCUCGCCACCUUCACAAGAUGUAAGUCCUCUGGGAAAGAUAACAAAAGUUAUUUCGUAAAUCUUCGACUUUGCAUCCCCAAGUCGUCCUCGGGCGUGAAGCAAGUGGGAAAACAGUUGGAAGUUAAACCUCCCUAAAAAUCUACACUGUUCUAUCACUCCUGCAAGUCAGCCUUUUCUGCGAGUUGCAUCGCGGUUUAAUUGGAUAACGCCUUUUCCACUUUUCCUUGAAAUUAUUGUACACAGCAUCUAAUUCGGUGUGUCGAUUGAUGCAUGAUUUAUCAGAGUGAAUGGCCUCUGAAUAUUCUCGACCAUUCUUUGAUGGGCAGACACCUAUAAUGCACGUCUCCUUACAGGCAGAUUUCCUUCCAGUUUCCAGUGUAUGCAUGGCAACCUGGAACAAGUGUCUUGCCUUUUUACCGCCAGUUGAUGUUCGUCUAUGCGUGUAGGAGGCGAUUUCCCAGUUUGAAUGAAGUUGACCGUAUUGCAGGUGUCGGGUGAUAGAUAUCUUGUAGACGAUUUCCUUAUCUAAAUAGACAACCCUAUCAUUAGGGUGUACAAGCUGGUUACGAAGUAUAGCUGUCGGUUUGUACGACACGUGUAUUUGGUGAGUCCCCAGGUGUUUUUCAGCUAGUUUGGACACGUUCUUAACGUACGGAAUUGUUCGCCAGUUUUUUGGUCUGGGCGCCUGAUCGAAACAAUCUAGUUGCUUAACUUUUUCUUUUAACCGCUGUCGUCUCAUGCAUCAGUGCACAAAAUAUCUAGGAUACCUACUCUGGGAAAACAGUUUGAACAAAUAAUUCAAUUUUGUUUGGUAGGUUUCGUUGUCAGAGCAGUGAGUUUUUGCUCGGUUAAGGGGGCUGUUCACGGCAGUUCGUCUGUGAGAGAUCAGAUGAUUGCCCUCGUAGGUCUCCUUGCAGUAAAUUGAUGUUUGAAAUGUCCCGUCAGUCUUUCUCCGUACGAGGACGUCAAGAAAUGGGAGUUUGCCGUCAACCUCUUUCUCGAGUAUGAAUGUGACUACUGGAAGUGUUGAGUUAAUGGUGCUGUGGAGCAUUUCCAGUUGAUCUCUUUUAAAAAUGACAAAGAAAUCAUCAACAUAUCAUAUAUUAGAGGGAUGUAUGGAAAGCCAGCAUAUCGAUGGUGGCCAACAAACCUCCUGAAGCUGAGAUAAUAACGAAAUAAGUAAGGGAUAACUUGAAUAGAUCGUCCUGACUCUCUCACCUCUAUAUAUAUUUAUUGAUGUUUGUUUCGUCUUACGACGGGUUGGUGUCACCAGCUCGAAAAUUCACGAGUACAACUCAUUUUUUCCGACGAGCCUUCUCUCUUCAUAUAUGUAUAUGUAUCCUUAAUCUUCACUGCUGCUUAGUUCCGGACCCAGACUGAAUCCGAAGUGCGCGCCCUGCUGACCGAGAUGAGUCACCGGCGUGAAAGCCUGAACAUCCUGCAGACCUCCAGUGUGGGUAUGCCUUCAUCACCUCGUCGACGCGACGUCUUACGCCACGAGAGUCCCCGCUACUACCGGAAGCCAGUUCGCGUGGCUCGAGCUGUGCAACAGAGACCAGUGACGCAGGAUUUCACCCGCGAACCCAGCAACUACGGUCAGCAACCGGUAGAGGCAAUUAGUAGUGAGCCUGCUGUCUCGCAGAGGAUCAGCUAG